GGAGCCACCGGGAAAUUUAAAUCGCGCCGGCCGGCGGCACGAGUCACACCGUCUUCGGGCUGGGCCGCGGUGGACGUUUUGAGGGCAUCCGACCCGCAGCGUGUGCGUGCCGCGCCGACUCCUGUGGACUCCUGAGCCGGCUGUGUAGCUUUCUCUCUUUGUCUCAUAACCAUGUCCUCCAACGAGAAUGCUAAUUCCCCGGCUGCCCGCCUUAACAGAUUCAAGAACAAGGGGAAAGACAGCACAGAAAUGAGGCGGCGCCGAAUAGAAGUUAAUGUGGAGCUGAGGAAAGCUAAGAAAGAUGACCAGAUGCUGAAAAGGAGAAAUGUAAGCUCCUUUCCUGAUGAUGCUACUUCUCCGCUACAGGAAAACCGCAACAACCAGGGCACUGUAAAUUGGUCUGUUGAGGAUAUUGUCAAAGGCGUAAACAGCAACAAUUUGGAAAGCCAGCUCCAAGCUACUCAAGCUGCUAGGAAACUGCUUUCUAGAGAAAAACAGCCCCCCAUAGACAACAUAAUCCGGGCUGGUUUGAUUCCAAAAUUUGUGUCCUUCUUGGGCAGAACUGAUUGUAGUCCCAUUCAGUUUGAGUCUGCUUGGGCCCUGACUAACAUCGCUUCCGGGACAUCAGAACAGACCAAGGCUGUGGUAGAGGGAGGUGCUAUCCCAGCAUUCAUUUCUCUGUUGGCAUCUCCCCACGCCCACAUCAGUGAACAAGCCGUAUGGGCUCUAGGAAACAUUGCAGGUGAUGGUUCGGUUUUCCGAGACUUGGUGAUCAAGUAUGGUGCAGUUGACCCGCUGUUGGCUCUUCUUGCAGUUCCCGAUAUGUCAUCUUUGGCAUGUGGUUACUUACGUAAUCUUACCUGGACACUUUCAAACCUUUGUCGCAACAAGAAUCCUGCACCCCCAUUAGAUGCUGUUGAGCAAAUUCUUCCCACUUUAGUUCGUCUCCUGCAUCAUGAUGAUCCAGAAGUAUUAGCAGAUACCUGUUGGGCCAUUUCCUACCUUACUGAUGGUCCAAAUGAACGGAUUGAAAUGGUCGUGAAAACAGGAGUGGUACCCCAACUUGUAAAGCUUCUAGGAUCUACUGAAUUGCCAAUUGUGACUCCUGCACUAAGAGCCAUAGGAAAUAUUGUCACUGGGACAGACGAACAGACUCAGGUUGUAAUAGAUGCGGGAGCACUUGCCAUCUUUCCCAGCCUGCUAACGAACCCCAAAACUAACAUUCAGAAGGAAGCUACGUGGACAAUGUCAAACAUCACAGCUGGCCGCCAGGACCAGAUACAGCAAGUUGUGAAUCAUGGAUUAGUCCCAUUCCUCGUUGGUGUUCUCUCUAAGGCAGACUUUAAGACACAAAAGGAAGCUGUAUGGGCUGUGACCAACUAUACAAGUGGUGGAACAGUUGAACAGAUUGUAUACCUUGUUCACUGUGGCAUAAUAGAACCGUUGAUGAACCUCUUAACUGCAAAAGACACCAAAAUUAUUCUGGUUAUUCUGGAUGCCAUUUCAAAUAUAUUUCAGGCUGCUGAGAAACUAGGUGAAACUGAGAAACUUAGUAUAAUGAUUGAAGAAUGUGGAGGUCUGGACAAAAUUGAAGCUCUACAAAACCAUGAAAAUGAGUCUGUGUACAAAGCUUCGUUAAACUUGAUUGAGAAGUAUUUCUCUGUAGAGGAAGAGGAAGAUCAAAAUGUUGUGCCAGAAACUACCUCUGAAGGCUAUACAUUCCAAGUUCAGGAUGGCCCUCCGGGGACCUUUAACUUUUAGACUUGUACAGCUGAGGCAGAAAGUUGUUUGUUGUGUGCUGUGUUUGGUAUAAGUUUGUCUUAACUGUUUCUCUACUAAGAACUCUUUUUAAAUGUGGUUUGUUAUUGUAGCACUUUUUACAACGAAACUAUACUUGAACAGUUUCAAACUGUGUACAUACUGUAUGAAGCUUCUCCUCUCAAUGGGUUUCUUAUUUCUAUGUGGAAUUUCAUAUCUUGCAGUGUCCUGUAAAUAAAGCUUAAAUUCCACCCUUUUCUUUACUUUGUCAUGCCUAUGUGUUGCCCUCUAAUUUGAAGCUCUUAGGUCGCAAAUGAAGGACAACGUAACCAAACUGAUGUGACUAACUGGAAGUGUGGUUUUGGUUGCAGUCGUCAUUUGAUGUAAGGUUUGUGAUGUCAUCAAAGAUAUGGGGGUGAUCAUUUUUAUCCUGCCUGCUUCUGAGUUCUGGCUUUGCUCUAGGCUGCUUCCCCUCUUGGUAAUAAUGGCUGUUGGUACUUUGAGAUGUCAUAUCCACUGUGCACCAGCUACAAAAAAUUCAGUUUUCACAGAAGCAUGAAUAAAAUUUCCCCGAAGUCUUCAGCCAAUGUCUCCUUAAAACUCACUGGCCAGGGAGAUGGGAUAAAAGUCUUAAAUUUAAUCAGGGAUUGCUCUUGGAGCUACGAGUGGCAUUCAUUUCUCCCAAACUUCAAGGCUGAAGGUGUUUUCAACGCUGCACCGUGGUAUCACCUGGGAAGGUUUACCCAGAAGUUCUGUUUAAUUGGUAAGGGGUGGGGUCCGAGGAUUGUGUCGUCUUUUUAGUUGAAUCCCCAGGUUGCUCCUGUGCAGUCUAGGUUGUGAAGGCCACCACGCUAACACAGUGCGACUCUAGCCACUGUUGUGCUGUUAGCAGAAUAAAAAAUGGAUUGUCUGCAUGUGUGGGGUGGGUGGGGGUAUUAACUACAGUGCCUGUAAAUCUUAGGAAAAAUGAAGUGGCUUCUUAAAAAUAGUGCUUUUGCUUCUUUUGAUUAGUGGAAAAGUGAUGAGCCAAGCCUCCACCACUGAAAUCUGAUGGAUUUGCCUACCUUAUUUCCCACUGAAGAUUAAAAAGACUCUAGUGGUGGUGGUGGUGGGUAUUUGGGUGAAAGACUAAAGUUAAAAAUGAUUCAUGACCUUUAGGGGCUACUGUAUUCAGUAAAAUAAGAGUGUUUCAAGUCAAUUGUGUAAUGCAACACAUUUCCGUUUACCUUCUCUCAAUGGGCACAAAUGUGAGGAUAUUCUUCCCCAAGUUUAUCAACAUGAGUUUUCCCUUUUGCAGAUAACAGGAUUUUAAAGUUCCCUUCAUGAAAUAAAAUGUCUAUUAGUGCUUAUUUUGUUUUGGUGCAGAAAUAAAGAACCCUUUAGCUAAUGCUUAUUUAAAGCACCUCUCACAGCCGAGUUCCUAACUUGGAACACUAAACCAUGUUACGGGUGGUCCCUCUAAGCUUAGGGCAUUUGUUUGGAUCCCUGGUCAUUUUGUCGACUUUCUGUACAGAGGCUUCCAUGGAAGGAGGGGGUGGGGGGAAGAGAAGUAAUGAAAUUGCUGCUCUGCAGGCUGUCCUCCCUACCUGCUUCUUGCUCCAUACCUCUCUUUUCCUACCCCUUCCCCAACGUAAUUCUUCGUGGGUGCUGGAUCCAAGUCUUUGAGAAAAGAUAAUGUGGGAGUAAACUUUUACACCCUCGGUUUUUCCUUUAAGAUAAGUGGAGCUUAAUGGCUUUAGAGGGACUAGUGUAACGUACACUUGGAUAAAAAGUAGAAGGUCUGGAUUUAUUAGAGUAGAGGCAUGACUCAACAGUGAAGUAAUGGUCCGGAGACAGUUGAUUUCCAAAAGUACGUUUUCAUAUUUUAGAUAAAAUUCUUAGCAUGCUAGUUUCCUUGGAGUUGUUAAGAUCCAUAGAGGCAAUUGCAUGUUUUUAUUGAACUUAACUGGAUAAAAUUUCUCUCUUUGAGAAUGUUUUCAUAUUCAGCUCGAUCUUACAAAGUCAUGGUAAAACACUCCAUUGCCACCAACUUUUCC